AGAGCGAAGAAACAUCCAAUAUUUUUAAAUUGUUGUUCACGUGAGUCUGUAGUUUCCAUGGUGAUGUGUAGAGGAUGUAGUACAGACUUGACAUUUCUCUAGUUUUUGUUUGCGUUAUAAUUCAGAACUUAUUUUCAAUUUUUGUUAAAAAUCAGUUUGAGGAGUUCGGAAACAAUAAGCUCUGUAAGAAAAUAACAGACUGUGUAAUAUAUAGAAAAUGAAUUCAGUGGUGAUUAUCACCCUUCUGUUAGCGGUCUACAUAGAUCUUGGACUAACCUCAAAAACGAAAGAUAAACUGAGUUCUUUACGUCGAUGGAUGAGAAAACGUGACGAGGACAGUAAGAGCAGAGGCAUAGACCAACAAAUUAAUAACCCAGGAUUUCAAGAAAAAUUCUAUUACAGUCAGCCAGGGGCUGAAAGUUCAAGAGGAACAGCCCGAAUAACUAUAACUAACUAUACGGGUCCAAGCCGUCCAAGCAAGACUUACAAUUAUCCCUUUGGAAAAGAAAGAACAAAGUAUGUCUAUGUUAAUCCUCAGAAUAAAAGCAGGAAUUCAGACGAAGGAUCGGUCAGCGGGAGAAGAAACUCCAGGAGAGGACAGACAGUCGUGGUGGUGGACAGUCCAUCAAGCCAAUCUGAUGCAAGGAGACCACUGCCCAGCACGCAGUCUGGAUGGGGGUACGACCAACAGGAGAACGAUGAGGAGACCAGCAGGCAGGACGAACUGAGGCGGCAGCGCGAAGAGCUUCUCCGGAAGCGUCAGGAGAUCGAAACUUUAAGGAGGAAACAAAAAGAAGAGGAAGAGGCCAUUAGGAGAGAGGUGGAGGAGCAAAGGAGGAGAACUGAGGAUGAGACGCGACGAAGGUUAACAGAGGAGGAGGAAAGAAAGAGGCGGUUAGUAGAACAAGAGAGGAGACGGAGGGAAGAAGUGAGAAGAAGAGAGGAAGAAAGGAGGAGGGAAGAGGAAAGGAGAAGAGAAGAGGAGAAAAGAGUAAUAAGAGAACCUGGUGUUGAGACCCCAGAUUCAUUGCGGAGAGCUAUGGAGGCUAGAAGACGCAAUUUAGAAGCAGAAGAAGCUAGAAGACGUAAUUUGGAAGCAGAAGAGGUUAGAAGACGCAAUUUAGAAGCAGAAGAGGUUAGAAGACGCAAUUUAGAAGCAGAAGAAGCUAGAAGACGUAAUUUAGAAGAGUCCAAGAGAAGGGAUUACGAACAACAGAGGAGACUUCAAUGGCGCUGGAGGCAAGGCUCCAACGUGACGUCUCCUAGCCCACCCGUCACGUGGACUCAGAGCCAGGGCUCAAGGACCACAUACCUACCAGGAAAUCAAUACACGUACCCCUCUGGGUCAGCGCAAGGUUGGGAUCAACAAACUGGAUAUCGCUAUGGAGAUCCAAGAGUAGUCGUGAGUGGUCAAGGGUUCGCCAACACUGGAUACAGAACGCAGUAUGACUACGGUCAAAGCAACUACGAUCAGGAAGACUCAUCGGACUGUCCAGAUCUGGGGCUAGAGAUGCGUAUCAACGGCCUUGACUGUCGAAAUGCCAUUCGAACCUUUGGCACUUACUUGUGCUACAGUCACGAGUUGACAUCGAAACUGUGUUGUGAAACAUGCAAAGAAGUAAAACAGCCUUCAAAUGUAGGCUGUGAAUAUGGGGACCAUGUAGACAACUGUAAAAUCUUAACGCCAUCUGACUGUUACGAUUUGAGAAACAGACAUUCUUGUUGUGCGACAUGCGAACGCUUCAAGAAACAAAAUGCCCCAGCUGGUUGUGAGUACGGCGAUGCAGUAGGGCGGUGUGACAGUGUUCGACAGAAUCCUGGGCUGUGCUAUAUCCCCAACAACCAGAGAAGCUGUUGCCAGACGUGCAGUCAGAUUCAGAACGCCAAUAAUCCCAGUUGUGCCUAUGGAGACUUUAUGCCUAGUCUAUGCCAGCCUUAUGACAGUAACACAUCUGGCGGAGUUAGAGUCAACUGCUACUCGCCGCACAGACGGAAAAUAUGCUGUCAAACUUGCGAACAGAUUCGUGAGUGGGCGUCCGUGGGUAUGCCUUCAGAUUGCCAGUAUGGUGACAAGCCAAUCUCUUUUUAUUACCCUCAAUAUGGCCGACUGACCUGUUCUAACUUGUUCCAGUUUCUUGACGUCAGCGAAUGUCGCACCAACCCUGUAGUAGCUUCCAACUGUUGUUACACUUGCAACAGAUAUAUCAACAACAGAGGGUGAUCUGUAACAACACACAUAACAGAGUGUAAUCUCCUGUAACGCAAACAAUAGACUUUGAUCCAGAAUGACACCAGACAAUAUAAGUUUGAUCUAACAAUAAUACCAGACAAUACAGUUUGAUACAACCACCAUAGACAAAAGCAUGGCCGAAUUUGGGGGUCUGGAGGCCCCGGGGCAACGAAGGAUAGAAAGCUCCUUAUUAUUUUCUGACUAAAGAAAACUGUUUUCCUUCUCUUUCAAAAACUGUAUUGCCAACAAACAAAUUUGAUUCCACACAAAAUGUAAUUUGUUAAAAGUCAAAUACAAUUUACUAAAACUAAAUUACAGCGGUAGCGAAUGGAACUGUGCGAGCUUUUUUCUCUAUUGUGGAGGCCCCACCUGUGGUGACCCUGGUGCAAUAGUUCGGUCUGACCCCCAAAUCCGGCCUAGACAGAAGAGUUUGGUGCUAAACAACACAGACAAGUGACAAUUUGAUCCACAAUCACUUAGACUCUAGACUUAAUCUUCUUUAAAAAGAUGAUUCAGAAAUUACGCCAUAAGAUAAUAUAAUAGUGCAGACAAUUGCGUAGGAUCAGCAUUAACAGUUGACAUUGAAAUGUAAUCAAUAAUAUUUCCAUUUCGACGAUAUAAAGCUAGAUCUGCAAUAGCACCAGACUCUAAACUGUGAUUAAAGACACUCUGACAAUACAUUAUGAGCUGCGAAAUCACAGACGGAAGUUUUAUCAACAGCAAUAGAUCUCUAACGCAAACAAUAGAAUGUGAUACACAGCCACACUUAGAAACAGCCUGAAGAGAUAGAUUUACGCUUAUGUAGUUGUCAAAAGUUGGAUUUAUCUAGAUUAAUCUAGAACAAGCUAAGGCAAUAAAGUGUUUAAAAAAGGGGGGGCAGGUGAAAUAAUCAGGAUUAACUACUGAUUCUUGUCUUACCUACUAAUCUUCUUGUCACAAUAAACAGCUUCUUUGAUUUAUAUUCUAUGGCCUGCUAGAACAUGUUUUAGAGAAACAAGAUUUUUAGUUCCUGAAAAACUUCCUCCUUAGUAACAAUACAAGUUUUGAAAGCCUCUGAAUAGACCUGUCACGUUUGUAGGGAUCUCUUUUACGGUUCUUCUAUUGUAAUGUGAACAGCAGGGGUGUAUUUUUUAAAUUAAGGCCUAAGCCCCGGGACCUUGCAUUGAAUAAAGAAACAUUGUGAAAAGAAUAACAUUGAUACACAUUAUAAUUAAAUAUUGAAGUGUUGUGUUUAUGUUGUAUUCACUCAAUGGACGUUGUGGCUAUAUGGGCAUUGUGCAAAUGCACCGGGCAACCGAAAGGGCCGCAUGGAUAUAACUAUGCCCCCGUAUUAAAUUGUCAAAGAUUUUGUAAUAUUCUCUUAUAAAAAGGCCCCUUUGAGCGUUGUGCUAAAUAAAAAUAAAUCUUUUGCAGACUCAGCAGUGUAAUACUAAUUUAAUCUUAACGCAUUUUCCGAAAUAAUGUAAUAGCCAACAUCCGUAGACAAGUGCUACUAGUGGGCUUCAUCCUUUAUGGGCCUACACACUUAUAGCGAUAAAAAAUUAACAUAAGGCCAAUAUUUUUUAUAAUGGUAUAGAGUUCAUAUGCACGCGUACAGUUUUCAAAUCAUUAUCAAACUUAGCAUAAUGAUUUUGAGGACAGGCAGGCCUAUAAUCGGAUGUCCAUCAUGUGAAAUUUAUGGGCCUGAUUGUAUAGAAUUGCCCGGGCCGAUUUUGACAUCCAGAUGAUCCAGUCCGUCCCUGAUUCACUCCAUGCUUUGUACCAUUGUGUGUUUAGUGUUUAUAAUCUGUUUUUAUAUUGUAAUUGUUUAACUAUUCUAAAAUUAUGAUAUGUAUUGUAUCCGCUAUUUUAUUGUUCACUGACCUUACUAACAGUGUGAUGGUAUAACUAAGCUAGUCUUCCACAUCUAUAUACAUUGUGCUGCUUUUUUAAAUAUGUAAAUAGGUUUUACCAUCCAAUGACAUUGAAUAGUCUGAUUCUGGUUUAUCUCUUUAAACUGACAUACAAGUUACAGUGUAAUCUCGAAUUGUGAUGUGAAAAAAAAAGAGGAAAAUUUCAGUAACAAUGAAAUUAUUUUGUAAAGGAACGUCUGUAAUUUUUUUUUUUUAAUAAUAAUAGUUUCCCUUUAUGUCCUUAGUGCUCUCCCUUCGCUGUGCCCCACUGCCACUCGCAUUUUUAUCAUUUGAAAUGAAUUUAUUUAUAUGAAAUGAAUUUGUUCAUAAACAUAUUAUUGUUAUUAGAAAAUAGAUAUGCGAAUGUAUUAUGGAAAUUAAAAAAAAAAUUAAAUAAACUGAAUACACACUAGAAAAGUGUUACUUUUUUACUUUCAAAAAGGGGCAAAAGUCAAUCUGUACGUUUUAUUAUCUUGUCUGGUAUCUUGAACAAGGGAAAGAAAUCGUACUUGACAGAUGUGGUGGUAUUAGUUGAGACAUCUUGAGCCUAGAGUGAUCAUUUUUUAUGCAUUUAAAAAAAAUGUACCCCCUUCUCUCCCCCCUCCCCUCCCUUUUUCCUAACUGGUCCUAGACAAGUGAUAGGAUCAUAGACCAGGGGCGGACUGGGUGUUAAGAUCGGCCAGGGCAUUUCUAUACACUUCGGCUCAUAUCGUACGAGGGGCAUCCAAUUCUAGGUCUACCUAAUGUAUCGAUAACUGAACGCAUGCAUACAAUGAAUCUUCAUAAGUAAGAAAUAUAUAGGCCUUAGGUUGCUUUUUAAU